UUCUGAGCACACGGUAACCAGACACACUCAAGAUGGCGGAAGGCGAAGGACCCCAGACGGUAUGGCAGAAGAUCGACAACACCGUCAUCCCCGUCGUCAACCUCGAGGUGCGGGAGGUCCGCGAGGUAUUAUGGGAGAAGAUCAAGGAACCCGGCUCCCAGAGGAAAAUCAUCCUUGUCAUAGUAUCCAUAGCGUUACUCCUGGACAACAUGUUGUACAUGGUGAUCGUGCCCAUCAUCCCCGACUACCUCAGGUACAUAGGCGCGUGGGGCGAGGCCGGCUACGACCACGUCGUCGAGCUGCCUCCCAUCAGGGAAGGCAACAGGACCAUCAUCCCCACCAAAAUCAUCCCAGCCUCGCAUGAGGGCCAAGAGUCGGCGACGGGGGUUCUCUUCGCUUCAAAAGCGAUAGUGCAACUCAUGAUUAACCCUUUUUCUGGUGCCUUAAUCGACCGCAUCGGGUAUGACAUACCCAUGAUGUUCGGACUUAUUAUAAUGUUUCUUUCGACUUCUAUAUUUGCCUGCGGCCGGAGCUACGGCAUGUUGUUCUUCGCGAGAAGUCUGCAAGGCGUCGGCUCCGCCUUCGCCGAUACUUCUGGCCUGGCCAUGAUCGCUGACAGGUUUACAGAAGAGAAUGAGAGAUCUAAGGCUCUUGGUAUCGCCCUCGCGUUCAUUAGUUUCGGCUGUCUCGUUGCACCACCUUUUGGUGGGGCAUUAUAUCAAUUCGCAGGCAAAGAAGUUCCGUUCCUAAUUCUCGCUUUGAUAUCUCUUUUGGACGGAUUUAUGUUACUGUUGGUCAUGAAACCACUGAAGACACAAAUGAAGGAGGCGAGAGAGCCGAAGCCUGCCGGAACACCUAUAUGGAAGCUCCUGAUGGACCCAUACAUUGCAGUUUGUGCUGGAGCACUCAUGAUGUCCAAUGUCGCAUUGGCGUUCCUUGAACCGACAAUCUCAUUAUGGAUGGAAGACAACCUUACCAAAGAUAAUUGGAAAAUUGGCAUGAUUUGGCUACCAGCCUUCUUCCCGCACGUUCUCGGCGUAAUCAUUACAGUAAAAAUGGCCAGGAAGUACCCUCAACAGCAGUGGCUGAUGGCCGCGGGCGGUCUGGCGUUGGAAGGGCUCUGCUGUUUUAUAAUACCAUUCGCAAACUCUUACAAAAUGUUGAUGAUACCUAUAUGCGGAAUUUGUUUCGGGAUCGCUCUGAUCGACACCGCCUUGCUGCCGAUGCUCGGGUACCUCGUGGACGUGCGGUACGUGUCAGUCUACGGCAGCAUCUACGCAAUCGCCGAUAUAUCGUACUCCUUCGCUUACGCCGUGGGGCCCAUCAUCGCCGGCGAGGUGGUCGAAGCCAUCGGUUUCACCGCCUUGAAUCUGUUUAUAGCCUUCAGCAAUCUUCUCUACGCUCCCGUCUUGAUGUACCUCAGGCACAUUUACGACUUCAAGCCGUUCGAGAACGAAGCCAACAUUUUGAUGGCCGACCCGCCCGACAAGGAGUACCAGACGUACAGUUUGCAAGACCAGAGACCCGUGAAUGGGGAAUACAAGAAUCAUUUGGAGUACUCCAAUGUGUCUGGCCAAGUGGCGGGGACAGAGGAGUCGAACGUGGACGCGGGCGGGCAGGGGUACAAUUACGACCAGUCGUACCAGGGGGGUUAUCAGAACUACGGGCAGGGGUACGAGCAGCAGCAGCAGCACCAGCAGCAGGACUACCAGCAGCAGAGCCAGGGCUACAGCCAGCCGCGGCAGCUGCCGGCGCAGCCGCAGCCUCCAGCCAGCAACCCGUUCAGGGCGGCGGCGGCGCCCGCGCCCGCCCCGGCCGCCGCCCCGGCGCCCGCCCCCGGGCCUGCCAUCAAGAACCCCUUCCGGCAAGGCUUCUAG